AUGCCUGCCUUGACCAAGAUCCUCCGCCCUGCCCUCCGCGCGACCUCCCUCGCCGCUCGCCCCGCCGCUCGUCGCGUUGCAGGCGUGCGCAUCGCUCCGCACAACAAUGCACGGAGCAUCUCCUCGACGUUACCCCGCCGCCUCGCCGCCGACGCGGUCGACAUCACGGACAUCCCGCCGACGCCGAUAACGCACCUGUCGGAGACGGAGGCGCUGAUGGCGGACUCGGUCAGCAAGUUCGCGCACGAGGUGGUGCUGCCGCGGGCGCGCGACAUGGACGAGGCCGAGGCGAUGGACCCGGCCGUGGUGGAGCAGUGCUUCGAGCAGGGGCUGAUGGGCAUCGAGAUCCCCGAGGAGUACGGCGGCGCCGGCAUGAACUUCACGGCGGGCAUCGUGGCCAUCGAGGAGCUGGCCCGCGUCGACCCGAGCGUGUCGGUCAUGGUGGACGUGCACAACACGUUGGUGAACACGGCGAUUUUGAAGUAUGGGAGCAAGGCGUCGCAGCAGAGGUGGCUGCCGCAGUUGGCGACUGGGACUGUUGGCUCCUUCUGUCUCUCCGAGCCCGUCUCCGGGUCGGACGCGUUCGCGCUCGCGACCAAGGCCGUCAAGACGGACAAGGGCUACCGCAUCUCGGGCAGCAAGAUGUGGAUCACCAACAGCAUGGAGGCCGGCUUCUUCAUCGUGUUCGCGAACCUCGACCCCAGCAAGGGGUACAAGGGCAUCACGGCCUUCAUCGUCGAGAGGGAGGACGCCGGCUUCUCCAUCGCCAAGAAGGAGAAGAAGCUGGGCAUCCGGGCGAGCAGCACGUGCGUCGUCAACUUCGAUGACGUCGAGGUGCCGGCGGACCGGCUGCUCGGCAAGGAGGGCGAGGGCUACAAGUACGCCAUUGGCCUGCUCAACGAGGGCCGCAUUGGCAUCGCCGCGCAGAUGACUGGGCUGGCCCUCGGAGCGUGGGAAAACGCCGCGAAAUACGCGUGGAACGAUCGCAAGCAGUUCGGGCAGCUCAUCGGAGAGUUCCAGGGCAUGCAGCACCAGAUGGCGCAGGCAUACACGGAGAUCCAGGCGGCGCGGGCCCUGGUGUUCAACGCGGCCCGCAAGAAGGAGGCGGGCGAGGACUUUGUGCGCGACGCGGCCAUGGCCAAGCUGUUCGCGUCGCAGGUCGCCGGCCGCGUGUCGGGCCAGGCGGUCGAGUGGAUGGGCGGCAUGGGCUUCGUGCGCGAAGGGCUCGCCGAGAAGUACUUCCGCGACAGCAAGAUUGGCGCCAUCUACGAGGGUACCAGCAAUAUCCAGCUGACGACGAUUGCGAAGUUGUUGCAGAAGGAGUAUACGUCGUAG